UUCUAUUUUUAUAAAUCGACAAUUAAAAAAAAAUAGGGGAUUGAUAGAGCUUUAUCUUCACCGUUGGCUUCACUCGACGGAGGUUCAGAAUCACAGAGACAGACUGUGAGGAUGAGGAUAAUUUCAAUGGCGUCCACCACCAUCCGACCUUCCCUGGGCUGCUUCUCUGCAUCUCCUCGCUUCCCCUUCGUCUCCUCCCGGAAUCUCUCUCGCCCCACCCUCUCUUCUUUCUCCCAUGUUAAUCAGUCAAAGGCUUUGACUGUGAGAAGAAGCGUAAGGUGCUUAGGAGGAGUAGCUGAAUCUGGAAACGCGGCUCAAGCAGUUACGGAAGAGGAUCUUCUCAAGUGGGUCAAAAAUGAUAACAGAAGAAUGCUUCAUGUCGUUUACCGUGUUGGCGACUUGGACCGCACUAUUAAAUUCUAUACGGAAUGUCUUGGGAUGAAGCUUCUACGCAAGCGUGAUAUACCGGAAGAGAAGUAUACUAAUGCUUUCCUUGGUUAUGGUCCUGAAGAUUCACACUUCGUCAUUGAGCUCACUUAUAAUUAUGGAGUUGACAAGUAUGACAUUGGAGCAGGUUUUGGUCACUUUGGUAUUGCUGUCGACGACGUGGCGAAAACUGUAGAACUGAUAAAAGCCAAGGGAGGGAAAGUAACAAGGGAGCCUGGUGCUGUCAAAGGUGGCAAAACUGUUAUCGCCUUCAUUGAAGAUCCUGAUGGUUACAAAUUUGAACUCUUGGAAAGAGGUCCUACACCUGAACCUCUUUGUCAAGUUAUGCUCCGUGUUGGUGAUCUCGACAGGUCCAUCAAAUUCUAUGAGAAGGCUUUUGGAAUGGAGCUUCUGCGCACAAGAGACAACCCAGAGUACAAGUACACGAUAGCUAUGAUGGGAUAUGGUCCAGAAGAUAAAACUGCAGUCCUGGAGCUGACAUAUAACUAUGGUGUCACUGAAUAUGAUAAAGGAAAUGCUUAUGCUCAGAUUGCAAUAGGGACGGAUGACGUGUACAAAACCGCAGAGGCUGUAAAACUCUUUGGUGGGAAAAUCACGAGGGAGCCUGGUCCCUUACCAGGUAUAAGCACGAAGAUCACCGCGUGUUUGGAUCCUGAUGGUUGGAAGUCGGUGUUUGUGGACAACGUUGAUUUUCUCAAAGAACUGGAGUGAUAGGAGAAAGGAGGCCACCAAAAUGGCUAGUUUCAUAGCCUAUGAAGGAAACAGGAGGAUGGGUUUUUCGUUUUACAUCAGUUGGGGUUUCGUAUAUCUCUAUCUCUCAGUGUGAGUAUCUAGUUUGUUCAAAAUGAAUGAUUUACUUUUCUAAGUCUAGUGUAGUUAUUCUACAGAAUUAUCCCUUGUUGCGUCUUGUAUAUCACUUUUACUUGAACCAUUAUUGCCGCUGAAAUAAAAUGAUAAGUGAAUGA